AUACAUAUGACUAAUGUUCAGAUUUGCAAUGGUUACAUGUCUCCAGAAUAUGCAAUGCAUGGACAGUUCUCAGUGAAAUCCGAUGUUUAUAGUUUCGGCAUACUACUUCUAGAGAUCAUUUGUGGCAAGAAGAAUAACUUCUACCACCAAUUGGGUGGGGGUGAAUAUCUUGCAAUUUAUGUGUGGAAUCAAUGGAGAGACGGCACGCCCUUGGAAGUGUUGCACCCUGCUAUCGUGGAUUCAUAUUCAAGAGAUGAAGUGAUUCGAUGCCUACACAUUGGCUUACUAUGCAUUCAGGAAGAUCCAGCUAUUAGACCCACCAUGACCACCGUAGUUCUCAUGCUCAGUAGCGAUUACUUUAACCCGCCAUUGCCUCAACAUCCAGCCUUCUUCAUCCGAAGUAGGUCGCGCGGACUGAGCAUCCCAAUGAACGAGCUUGAAUCUGACCAAUUCACCAGCAAAACUAUGUCUUCGUCGACAAGUGAUAUGUCGGUUACUGAAUUGCAUGCCCGGUGAGUGGCGCUGUGAGCGAUAUCUUUCUUCAUGGAUGGUCUCAUGGUGAGGUUGCGUGGCCUUCACCGGUGAUUUUUUAUGAACCAUAAGCAAAAAACUAUAUAUUUGAAGAAUACGCUGUUAAUCGCUCAAAAGGGGUUGUGUGCAUUUAAAAGAAGACUUGCCACGUGUUAUCCAUCAUAGUUAUUAUGAUUGUUCUAAGAUGGUGUCACUAUUUGAGGCUAAAUCAUACGUGGAUCCACUGUAAUUAGGCGCAUUUGUACAUUAUUGUGCUUCUAUAAGGCUCGAUACUACUCCUCUUGUCUAGACUAAAGACGUAGGUGCUCCAUCUCUGAUAGGCUUUCUCUGGGGCGCUGAUCAACCCGGGUGGGAUUUGCGGGCCCUUAUUGCAAAUGCAGAUCUCGUCUGACCCAUCUCUGAUAGGCUUUCUCUGUGAGACCAAUCGGUUAGCAGAAUUGAAGCUCUCCCUUGUAACUGGUUGUCUAACUCACCUCAACUCUUUUGGGCUGUCUUUUGUUCAUAAGCCCUUCUUUGUUGUUCGGAAAUUGAACUUGAAGAAAUGAAAGCAAUCUGUUCGACCCAAAAAAGAAAAAUCUUUGUAUUCUUUGACCAUAGCAUAGCUCGAGGCAAA